UCCCAGGAGACGACGCAUCUACGAAGAGUUUGCCUCGAUCACGAUCACGAUCUUCCUCAUCGUCGUCGUCGUCUUCGUCCGAGUCGGAAACUGAAACUCAAUCUGAGGUUCCAGAGAUCAGUGUUCCCGAAUCGAGUAAAACAGCUACUGAAAGCCACAAGAAACGUCACAAACGGCAUCACAACCAUCAUCAUAAACAUAAACGAAGGCACAAGCAUGAGGAUGCAUUGCAACGUAGAAUGUCCGGCAAUAAAGUCAAGGAAAUGGAUAGUUUCAAAGUUCCUAAGAUUGUAAUCGGAGAUGAUGAUGAAGAUUUAGGAGGAGCCGCUAUGGAUGAGAUUAAGAGUCACCGAUUGGAGGACCAACCUGGGAUCCGGAAACAUCUUUUGCAUCGACCAGUGAAGAAGAGGAGAGUCAGGAGGAAGUUAAGAAGAAGUAUGAUAAUAAUCCUCAUGAGGUAUAGCGGUGUAUUUGUUGAGCUUGACGAGUUAGUAUCUGGUGAAUGGAAGGAGACGGCUCGUUGGAUCAAGUUUGAGGAGGAUGUGGAAGAAUCGCAGAUGUGGGGAAAACCUAGGGUGGCCUCGCUAUCUUUUCAUAGUUUGUUGGAACUUAGAAAAACUAUUGAAAAAGGAGCUGUAAUGUUGGAUGUUGAUCGCGACAACUUGACGGAUGUAGCGAAUGAUGUGGUGGCCGGUAUGGUGGAGACCGGGCAAAUAAGAGCCGAGGAUCAAGGAAAUGUGUUGAAGGUGUUGCUGUCCAAGCAUAACUACCAGGAGGAUACCCAUCGUAGCAACAGGAAAGACAAAAGACACCUCGCCCCACAAACCACGUUCCCGUACAAUCUCUCACAAGCAAGUUUCAGUAGUUUCUUCAACCCGAGUUAUGGCUCAAAGUUGAACACCGCCGGUCACUCUGGUGAAACAUUGGACGUCUCGGAACCGCUGAUAAGAUCUCACAGCGAUAUGGAGAAAGGGGUCCACAGCAGUGCAAGUCAUGGUGGCAACAUAUCAAGCAUACCAAGUGGACCAUCAGCAAAGGAACUUAAGAUUAUGAAGAAGAUUCCAGAAGGAGCAGAGGCUACUGCUGUGUUAGUUGGUUGUGUUGAAUAUCUGGAACAACCAACAAUGGCCUUUGUGAGGUUGGCUCAAGGAACAAAGCUUGAAAAUGUUGUUUCUCUUCCAAUCCCCGUUCGUUUUAUCUUUGUGCUGUUGGGCCCAAGUAAGAUUGAUUACAAUUAUCAUGAAAUCGGACGAUCUAUCUCAACACUAAUGGCAGAUGAGGAGUUCCAUGUAAUGGCUUACGGAGCUGAGAGUCGUGUUGAUCUUCUACGGGCGAUAAACGAGUUCCUCGAUGAUUCGAUCGUGCUCCCACCUGGACAGAUGGAGAACCCGGAUCUAUUAAGGAAUAUCAUCCGGUAUCAGAAGGGACUCGCGCAGAGGGAGAAGAAGAAGAAAACGAUUACUGAUGAGAAGAAAGAGCCGCCUCCACCUCCAGAUGAGGAUCCAUUGAAACGAUCCGGACGACCUUUCGGAGGAUUCAUCAAAGAUGUGAAGAACCGGUACCCAAAGUAUCUUAGUGACAUCACAGAUGCCAUUAACCUCCAGUGUUUGGCCUCAAUCAUCUUCAUUUACUUUGCUGCGUUGUCACCUGCUAUUACUUUUGGUGGUUUGUUGGGUGAGAAGACGAACGGAUGGAUGGGAGUUUCCGAGAUGAUUCUCGGAUGUUGCGUUUGUGGUUGUAUGUUCGGACUCAUCUCCGGACAACCCCUCCUAGUGGUGGGAUCUACGGGUCCGCUGCUUGUGUUUGAGGAAGCUGUGUAUAACUUCUGUAUGUCGAAUGGUCUCCCUUUCCUUGCCACUCGUGUCUGGAUCGGGGUUUGGAUCUUCGUGAUAAGUUUCGUGACCGUGGCUUUUGAAGGAUCAUUCCUCGUGAGAUUUGUAUCACGUUUCACGCAGGAGAUAUUCACGGCACUCAUAUCACUGAUUUUCAUAUAUGAGACAUUCAAUAAACUGGGGAAGACAUUCCAACAACAUCCAUUACAAGCCUUCUACCCUUACCCCAUAAACACCAGUGUUAUACUUAGUGAAUAUAAUUGUUCAUAUGUGGAAUCCAUCAAUAUCACUAAUGCUACUAUUGGGAAUAUUACAGAUGCUGUGCAAGAUACAGAAAUACGAAACCAACCAAACACGGCCCUCCUUUCAACCCUCCUCAUGUUCGGAACUUUCAUCAUCGCUUAUUUCCUUCGCCAGUUCAAAAAUAGCAAAUUUUUACGAAGUUCCGUCCGUCGUACAAUUGGAGACUUUGGGGUCCCCAUCGCUAUAUUUGCAAUGGUUUUAUUGGAUGUUUUGAUUCAAGAUACUUAUACACAGAAACUAAACGUGCCUAAGGGUAUUUCCCCCACGGACCCAAGUUUACGGGGCUGGUUCAUCAACCCCUUUGGAACUCCAGAUAACCCCAUGCCAGUAUGGAUGAUAUUUGCCGGCAUUCUUCCAGCUUUCCUUGUGUUUAUUCUCAUAUUCAUGGAGUCGCAUAUUACUGAAAUGAUAAUCAGCAACAAGGAACGUAACUUAAAGAAAGGCACAGGUUUCCAUCUUAACUUGAUGGUGCUUGGGAUGCUUAAUGUAUUGGUGUCGUUCUUUGGAAUGCCUUGGGUGUGUUGUGCUGCUGUAAGAUCUAUCACACAUACUAACAGUUUAACAGUGAUGAGCAAAACCCAAGCCCCCGGAGAUAAACCGAAGAUUGAGGGAACGAAGGAACAGCGUGUCACCGUGUUUGUGGUCAACGCUUGUUUAGGACUUUCCAUCCUGAUGCAACCUGUGUUGAGUGAGAUACCACUCGCUGUAUUGUUUGGUAUAUUCCUAUAUAUGGGUGUGACAUCAUUAACAGGGGUUCAAUUCAUCGAUCGAAUUGAAAUGUUGUUCAUGCCAUCAAAGCAUUAUCCGGAUUUCAGCUACGUGGAAGUGGUUCGUCACAUGAAGAUUCACAUCUUCACUUUCAUCCAAAUCAUCUGCCUCGCAAUUCUAUGGAUCGUAAAAUCAACCGCGGCACAAAUCGCGUUCCCGUUCUUUCUAGUGAUGACCAUCCCACUAAGAUAUUUUGUGUUGCCCAAGUUUUUCACUCCUAAAGAAAUUGCUGAGCUUGACAGUUCUGAAACGAAAACGAGCGUUACGAGUCGAAACAUGGAUGAAUACAACGAUGCUAAUAUGCCUGAAUAAUAUUUAUACCCACUGUAGAUUACAUUGUAUCAAUUAUUCUUCAUGAGUAGUAGACUAACGCUGCCAAAAACGUGAUUUUAACGUUUUAAAUCGUAUUUCGUUCUUAAAGUACAGAAGUUUGUAUUAAACAAAGUCUACACUUGCAAGUGUAUGAACUGCCACUACUUUGUACAUGAUAACAAAAAGAUCCAGAGGUUUUAAAACAUUUUCAUUAUUCGUAUGCUUAUGAAUGAAUUUUCUAACAAAGUUAUUGCACUUUCAGUCUGCACCACAUAACCAGUAUACGUACUUAAGCAACUGUCAGUUUCUCACUAACACUGUUUUUGUUUUAUGUCCAAAACACCAACAGCUUGACGGGUAGAUCAAUGGUAACAGUUUGUUUUGCAGUGUCUGGUUAUCAUUAUCAUUCCAUAUAAUUGUGUGCAGUGAAUUACUACUUAACUUCUUUUUACAAAGCUUCUGCAUGGUUCCUAACUGACAAUGAAUUAAUCGGUAUCUUAUAAACGUUUUCAAGUUCCUGUUUGGUGUUUAUUGCAAAUUUGUGUUUUUUGUAAUUUUUUCAAACCUUUUUCCCCAACACACUUGUGUACCAAAUCUUUACAUUUCUAUAUCAUGUGUUAUAUAUAUACGAAUUAUUAUUAGUAUUCCUGUACUCUUAUGCUUUGGUGAAAUGAAUUGCAUUUAUAACUUCAACCAAAAUAAACAUAAUUCUGCCAUAAUCCUGAUACCCCAGUGUUCCCCUGCGGUUUGCAUUACAUUCCUAUAAUUUUCAGUGUUGCACAGAAAUUUAAAAUGUAGUGCAAACACAGGACAACACUGGUCUCUUUGCAAACCCAGAAACCUCCACAAAAUAAUAAAUUAUUACUUGGCAACAAUAUUUGAACUGGGUUUUUACCUCUAGCCCUCAUAUUGCGAAUUAUACACAAAAGUUAUGAAAAUGUUGCAUUUCCGCUUUCAAUAUUUAUGGUUUUUGUAAUUAAAAAGUUCUUGCUUGCUUGAAAUAUAUUAAAUUUUGCAUUCUA